AACCGAGUGCUUUAAAAAGUACCAACAGAGGAAGUUCAAAUCAAAACUAGUCCGACAACAAACCAUUCAGCUUUAGAACGGUUACAAGCUGAAUCCCGAUGCAGUCUUUUGUUCGAUACCUGCCGUCGUUAUUGCUAUUGUGGUGUCUUCAUGAUGCUUUGGCGAAGUGUGAUCUUCCUCUYGGGCUUGCGUCAAGSCUAUCAGUACCGGAUGCCAAUUUUACCGCUUCAUCAUCUAAAAGCCAAUCACAUCAUUCMUAUGAAGCAAGACUAAAUGGAGACUCGAGUUGGUGUGCUAAUGAUUCUGAUAUCAUGUCUCCAUGGUUACAAGUGUCAUUUGGUAACAAAUACCGUAUCACUGCUAUCAGAACACAGGGUAGUAGAAGAGAUUAUAUCUGGGUCAAGAAAUUCCGUAUUGAAUAUAAAGUGCAGGGCGGAAACUGGUCAAAGUAUCCCACGGAUUUGCAGGGUAACGAUGUCUUGACCCGUAAUAGGGGAAACACUGUAAAACUAGACAAAACAUUUGUGGGACAUCACAUAAGAAUCUUACCGCUGUACAAAGAAGUUGAUGGUAUUUCCCCAGGGAGAGUUAAGAUCUUCUCGCCUUGUUUGCGAAUGGAGCUAUAUGGAUGUAGAUUGUACUCAAAAUGUCCUCCACCACGUCACAGUCCACACUCCACUAUCGUGUUCAUCGAUCGUUCACAUCAAGGAGAGGCAAGGUUUAAAUGUGACACCGUCAACUAUUUCAUAUUCAUAAGAGUAAAAGUGUUGCUGACUAUUGAAAUAUUGUAUAUUUUAGCUCAAUGCCCUGAUCCUGGUAUUCCAAAGAAUGGUUACCGUACGGGAAAUUCGUUUUUGGAUAAUAUGGCUGUACGGUUCAAUUGUAAAAAGAAMUUUGAUAUUAUCGGCUCGCGGGUUCUGCGAUGUAGAAACGGCACGUGGAGUGCUGCCACGCCCAUAUGUCAAGUGAGAUGUCAGGAUCCAGGCUCUCCUGCUAAUGGUGGCCGUCGUGUUCCUGGUGGGUUCAAGGAAGGUCAAAAUGUUACGUUCUUUUGUCGACAGCGUUUUGUGUUGUUUGGUAACAAUCACAUUACUUGCCGAAAUGGUCGGUGGACAGGAUAUCUUCCUCAAUGUAAAAAGACCUGCGAUGAUCCUGGUUUUCCUGUCAAUGGUGGUCGCCAUGGAAGCAGCUUUAUUGAAGGUCAAUCUGUAAAGUUCUUCUGUCACAAGGGGUAUCGUAUUGUUGGAAAAAGAAAAAGAAACCCUAUGUGUAUUGAUGGACGAUGGUCCAGUAGACCACCUCUAUGCAAGACAAGACAUCCGGUGAGACCGUGCAAACCACCCAGCCCUAUCACUGCAACCAAUAUGRUUUUUCUUGGACCUAUCAAGAAAAGAUAUAAUAAAGGUGAGAAGGUGAAAUAUGGCUGCCGUCCUGGUUACUUUUCUAUUUAUGGACAACAAUCAAGGACAUGCCGACGUGGGAGAUGGUCGCGUCUUCAGUCUCGCUGUUUAGCGAAAAGCUGUAGUGAUCCUGGUAAACCUCGCCAUGGCACUAAACAUGGACUAUUGUACAAUGUUAACCAAGUAGUGAGAUACACCUGUAAACCUGGAUUUAACUUACAUGGCGCGUCUGCCAUAUUCUGCUUGGUGAAUGCUACGUGGAGUUCUACAAAACCGGAAUGCAAACGUGUUGACUGUGGUCAGGUUUCUAGACCGUUACGAGGACAAGUAUACGUACAUUCAACGACUUACGGUAGCAUAGCAACAUUCAAAUGCAAUAGACGAGGGUAUAUUUUGCAAGGAUCGAAGACACGACGGUGCCAGGCUGAUGGCCGCUGGUCAGGAACCCCAACAUAUUGUGCAAGGAGGUCCUGUGGCAGACCCAAGACACCAAUAGAUGGCAGUAUGGUUGCAAAUAAUGGAUAUUCCUAUACAGCUCGUAUAGUAUUCAAGUGUCGAAAGGGUUACCAGAUGAUCGGAAGCGCAACUAGUGUUUGUCUGGACAAUGGGACAUGGAGCUCUCCACCUCCAUCUUGUUCCGUGCACCUAUUCAUGCCGCCGGUCGGGCGUUAACAAAAAGCUGGUUCAGCCGCGGUUACUAAAGAUCGUGGUUUGAAGUCAAGUUUCCCAUCGCGUCUAUGAAUCUCUGUAGAUAACAUUCUCUGAAGAAAAUGUCAAAUCGUGUUUUUUCCUAAUAAUUUGUUUUCAUUUUUAAGGACUUUCAUUAGAGCAAACAAUGGCAAACAAAGACUCUGAAAUAAAUUGCUUUGAUUGGCUAAACUUAUCACGUGAAUAGUUAGGCUUCUUGUCAAUUAUAUGGUGAUUGACAGAUAAUUUAUACAUAUCGUGUAGCAUUGCUUAUUCGUUGCCAAGUAACUAGUAAAUAUACAUCGGACGUAUGUAUCAACCAAAA